AGCGAUAUAAAUUCAGCUGAAAAAACUUCAAAAAAGUGGGUUGGCCUCGUCAAUCGCGAGCUGGGGUGAUUGGGGAGAGAGAGGAGAGAGGGGUGGUAGCUGCAAGGCAUUCCUGGCCGACGUACGACGAGAAGGGGAAGGGGGUUGGUUGCCAGCAGGAAGAAAGAAGAAAAGGGCAUCUUCGAGGUGAGAGCGGCGAUGGCGGCGAUGGCGACGAUGACGGGGGCGACGAUGGCGACGAAUGCGACAACGAAUCUAGUGACACGUGUCACUACGUCGGCGCUCGCGGACGACACGUCAGCGGGCCAAUCCCUGUCAUUCGCGCAGCAGAGGAGCGCUGACACGCGGACGCAAACUACUGCGCAGCGCGGAGAUGUGGUCCGUGCCUCAGGCUCGGCAAAACGACAUCGCUGCUCUCUUGUCAUCGCCACAUCACUGCUUGGUAUGUCAUUGUCCUCUUCGACAAGUCGGCCACGUGGCAGCAGAUCAUCCUCAUCAUCCUCAUCAUCCUCAUCAUCACUGUCAUCUUACAAUCAAUCAGCCUCAUCAUCACCUUCUAAUGGUUAUGGCGAUGGAGAAGGAGGUGGUGUGCGGAUUGGCAAGUGGGUGCGAGUCUCGCGGCAGGAAAGCUGUUUGACGUCGACGAGAGCGAAGGCCAGCGAUCACCAUCGCCGUCAUCAUCGUCGCGCAGGACACGUGUCACCAUGCCGAGCGAUGGCAGACGACAGUGAGGCCAAGACCGACUCCACCGCCACUGCAACCUUAGGACUAGCUUCCGAUUCCGAACCUGAUCUGAAAUCGGCACCAGGUUCGGCGUCAGCUGGUGACACCAAUGCCGAACCUGUCGCCGAGCCGGAGUUGGGCCUAUUCAGGCCGCGGGAAGACGUGGCAACAGAUAUAGCAGUUUUAACACUGGCACCCCUGUUGAGAUUGGGCGGGGGAAUUUUUGUCAAUGGGUACAGCUACUCUGUGGUACCCGAGUCCGAGGCCCCCGAGAACUUGUACGGCCUGACGAUAGGGGGUAGAAAAAUAUUGGAAAGCAGUAAACCGGGUCGUCUUCCGGAGAAGCCUAUUGUGCUGUACGAAUUCGAGGGGUGCCCAUUUUGUCGCAAGGUCCGAGAAGCGGUCACGAUCUUGGAUCUCGAUGUGUUGUUUUACCCCUGUCCAUCUGGAGGGCCCACGUUUCGACCCAUCGCAAAGGCCCUUGGGGGGAAGAGUCAGUUCCCCUACAUGGUUGACCCCAAUACCAACGUGUCGAUGUACGAAUCCGACGAAAUAAUCAAGUACUUGUUCACGACGUACGGCGACGGACAGGUCCCGACGAUUCUCCGACUCGGCCUGCUUACCACGCUGACCUGUGGUCUGGCCGCUGCCGGGAUACGUGGCAUGAGGGGAUCCCGAUACACCCCUGCUAGGAUGCCUGAGAAGCCGCUAGAACUGUGGGGGUACGAGUCGUCGAUGUUUUCCAGGCUGGUCAGAGAGGUCCUUGGCGAACUCGAGCUGCCGCAUAUCUUCCACAGCAUGGGCCGCGGCAGCCCCAAACGACAAGCAUUUUAUGAAAAAUUCGGUCGGUUUCAGGUCCCGUACCUUGAGGAUCCCAACACCGGAGUCAAGAGGUUUGAAAGUGCUUACAUAGUAGAUUACCUGAGGUCAACCUACGCCCUGCCAUCCACGGCAUCAGCAGGGGCAGCCAGCAAGUAGCGAGUGACGUGGAUGUCAGCUCGGAGUGCCACGUGUCUGACUCACACGAUGGCGUUGGCUACCUUUCGCAUUUGCUGUGUGCGUGUUGGAAAUAGCGGGAGGAAAAAAUAAUAAAAGAAAAACGGACGGCGAGAGGGGGUCGUUAAAUUAAAACCCUCUGCCCCCUUUCCCUGCCGAUAGAUAGCACAUCAUCAUGACAUGCCGGCGGAAAUCCUGCACCAGUCUGAGAUUCCCGUAGUUUUUUUUUUUGGUUGUUUUCCACCCUUUUUUCCCCUUCUUUGGUCCUGUUGUAUAUGUCAGUUAGGUCGUGAGGAACGAAACCUC